AUGACGGCGCGUGCGCUAAUAAUUCUGCUGGCGUGUGUUCUCGCAUGUGAAUCGAGCGAGUUCGACGAAAUGAAGAAUUUCCUAACAAAUAUCGAAGGACAGUAUGACGAUAUGUUCCCAGUAAUUUCUGGUGAAUUAUCGCCGUUAGUGCCAUGUGAUAAUUGCCGUCAAAAACGAAGUAUGAUUGAGGACCGACAGAACAAUUUCUUCAAUAAAUGGAUGUCCAGCAGGAUUAGAUCAAACAAAAUGGCAAGGAACAGAUGCCCGGAAGGUACUAUACGGUACUUUCGGGUAUGCAUGCCGAUCAGAAAAUUACUGGCUCAGCGACGAUUUUGA